GCAACAGGCACCAUUUUUUCAUUAACAGCCUGUAAAAGUUGUCAAGCAAAACACAAAGUUGCCUUACUGAUUUUUCAUUAAUCAAAAUCAAAAGAAAAUUAUAAUCCGAGAAACAUAAAACUUGCAAACGGACCAGAAGCAGCUGUACGAACGUAUCAGAAACAUAUUCCAGCGCAGAAAGCACAUUUUAAGCAAGCACAAAGAUGGAGAAUAACGAGGCGCCCGCACCUUCCGGUUCCAACAACAAUGAUUUUCCCAUACUUCCGCCGCCGCCGAAUGCGUCGUCACCCAACUACAACAUCUACAACGACCCGGCCAACAGCAACAACAAUGCCGCACAGAAACGCCUGCAGCAGACACAGGCCAAAGUGGACGAAGUGGUGGGCAUAAUGCGCGUCAAUGUCGAGAAGGUGCUCGAACGUGAUCAGAAGCUAUCGGAGCUGGGCGAGCGAGCCGAUCAGCUAGAACAGGGUGCCUCACAGUUCGAACAGCAGGCGGGCAAACUGAAGCGCAAACAAUGGUGGGCCAACAUGAAGAUGAUGAUCAUUCUCGGCGUCAUUGCCGUCGUCUUGCUGAUCAUUAUAAUAGUGUGCGCUUUGCCCUCCGGCAGCAGCAGCAGCAGCGAUCACGCCACAAAAUCCGUAAGCGAGGCACCCCAUUAGAUGGAGUCCCAACAAGCAGAAGCAACCUGGAAUCGAAGACAACGAACAGCAACUGUGUGGCAAUUUCUGUUAGAGGAAUUGCUGCUGCCUUCUUCGCAUUGGCCUUAAGCGCAACAAUUCAAUUCAAUUUAACACAAUGAAAACUGUGUCUAAAACAAAAAAACAAAAAUUACAAAAAAAAAAAAGAAUGCAACCAACAUAAAACACUUAACACAGAUUGUUAUUUAUAUACACUUUAAUCCUAAAUGUAAAAAAAA